GGGUUUCCGGAAGGCUGAGGAAGACUGGCGGGAGAGUUGGAGCUCUCUGCGAGGGUGGAACUUUGGUCGGGAGGCGGAGGCUCCGAGUAGGCGGCUCAGGGCGGUGCUGCAGCUCCCUCCGUGGCUGCGCGUCGGCGACCGCAGGCCCACCCAGAAGUAGCAGCAGCCGCCCUGUGCCGCCGGGCCCCUGCAGCGCUCGGGCCGGCCUGCGCAGGAUGCGCCGCGCCCGCUCGCUCUGCAGAGAGCCCCGCCUUCGGCCGCGAGGGCUUCCCGGGGAGGAGCUCCCUUCAGCGGCUAAGGUGCGCUGCUGAUGCUGCCGGGUCCGGGAGAGGCUCUGUCCCUGCUCAUCCUUUGUGCCCACGAGGCGAAAACGCUGCAUCCGGAAUGACAGGGAAGCAUGGAAGAUAACAACAUGGAAAAGAAAUCACAGGAGAGUACAAGAGGUCCUUCCCAGAGAGAAAUCCCACUCCCACCAGCUGCGCUGCUGCUGCUGGUGAUGGUCCUUAUGAACAUCCUCCUCUAUCUCUACCUUGAUCAUGUUUUUGUUUCUCCUCCACCCUCUGGCUUGGACUCCAACCGAUGUCCCUUUGGUACCUUCCGAAUGGGACAGAUGAAAAAUUGCUCCCCUUGGCUCUCUUGUGAAUCCCUGAGAACAGAAGUCAGAAGGCUGAAACGUGUUGGGGAAGGAGCAGUGAAAAGGGUCUUUCUUUCUGAAUGGAAGGAACAGAAAGUUGCCUUUUCCCAGCUCACCACCCCAGAGAUGAAAGAAGAUUUCCUCCAUGGGCUGAAGAUGCUGAAAUCCUUACAAAGCGAGCAUGUGGUCCUGCUGGUUGGCUAUUGUGAAGACGACGGCACUCUUCUUACUGAAUACCAUCCCUUGGGUACUUUGAAGAACCUGGAAGAAACACUAAACCUCCCCAGAUAUCAAAGCCUGAACACCUGGCAUCACAGGUUGAAACUGGCAAUCAACUACGUGAAGAUCAUUCACUAUUUGCACACCAGCCCUGUGGGCACUUUGGUGAUGUGUGACUCCAGUGACUUAGACAAAAUGCUUUCGCAGUACUUGCUGACAAGCAGUUUUAAUAUAGUAGCAAAUGAUCUGGAUGCUCUGCCCGUUGUCAACAAGGGCAAUGGGACCUUGAUCAAAUGUGGCCAUAGGGAGCUUCUGGGGGAAUUUGUGGCCCCAGAGCAACUGUGGCCUUAUGGAGAGGAAGUGCCGUUCGAAGACGGCCGUAUGCCGCCGUACGAUGAAAAGACAGACAUCUGGAAAAUACCCGAUGUCUCCAGUUUUCUUUUGGGGCACGUGGAAGGGAGUGAUGUGGUCAGAUUCCAUUUGUUUGAGAUCCACCAGGCGUGUAAGAAGAAGAAUCCUGAGGAAAGGCCUUCAGCCCAGGAGGUCCUAGACACCUACCAAAAGGUUUUAAAUUCUCUUAGAGACACAGUCUUGCCUGGGGUAAGAGAAAUGUUGUGAAAAUGAGAUUUAUCAUUGAGAGGUGAGCCCUGAUGAUUUAAGGGGAAAAUACAAGCUGCUCUUUUUGGUCUUUGUUGUGAUUUUCUUCUGCUGUACCCAGAUGGUUGCUUUCUGUAAUUCCCUCAUAAUCCUUGAGCUGAUAAAUGCCAUAAUUUGGCCUGAAGGGAUGAGAGAAAGGGACAGAGAUGAAGAGAGUACAUGUGCAUAGGAGGCAUGGAAAGUUCACUACAUUUAAGAGUCAGCGCCCCUGGUUUUCUGGUUCUGCUACUCACCAGCUUUGUGAUAUUAGUUGAGUAAGUCCCAUAACCUCUUCUGGACCUAUUUUCUUAUCUAUAAAAUGAAGAGACUGGCCAAGACGACCUCUAUAAAGUCUAUUUCUUGUUCUAAAUCUAUGAUCUUUAGAUCCUAUUUUAAAUCUAGCUUCCAAUGCCUUUUUCAGAUUGCCCCCUUGCAGGGGUAUACCUAAGAGAUAGACAACUAAAGGAAGGAGAACAAAGCAGCAAAAAAUCUUAGAUAACCUGGGCUUGACUAUGAUUGGAUUUACAAAAAUCAAACUGACUUAAAAUUACACUCCUCAUUGUGAUAUGGAAGUUGCUAUGGGUUCUUAAAAUUGAGGUCACCAAAUAAACAGUUUUGAUGGAUCCUACAAAGCCAGAAAGGCUUCAAGGAUGGAUGUAGAGAUGGAUCCUGUGUGUUGUACCCCUAAAGAACAAAUUUAGCAAGUUCGUUCCCAGGGUAGAAUGUUGGCUGUUAGGAGAUGAUUUGGGGAGGAGGGGCAUGAAUGGGAAUUCAUGAAUAGAUCAGGAGAUAAAAUGGCCUUCUCUUCCUCCUGGCCCCCUUCCUUUUUGCUGUCAGAAAAUGGAGGCAAAAGUUUCAAAGAAUCACAUAAUUUUUACUCUACCUAUUACUGUUAAGUUAUUUAUUGAUAUUCCUAACAUGUAAAUGAAAAAUAAGGUGGCUGAGAGCAAGAAGCAGCUGAUGGUAGACAGACAGUUCAUGUGCUCCAUUAGUAUUCUUGGGAUGUUAGGGAAAUAAGAGGAAGGUCCCCAGCAUAUUCUGAGUACCCCUCCCUAUGGAGAUUUUAUGGGACAGCAUAGACAAAAGCCAUACAAAAUGGGUAUCCAUUUUGAGAUCUGCAUUACUAAAGAGAAUAUUCACAUUGGAGUUUUGGAGUACUCUAUGUGUAUUAGUCCAAAGACCUAGCUAGUACAUGCCACAGGAAUGGAACCAAAGCCAUUCUGAUAUUCUCACUCUUAAGCGGAAACAAGUGUAGUGAAGUAGCAGUUUUCAUCCUAAUGUCUAUCAUGGGACAUUUGGGCACCCGUCCUUGCACCCCUCCAAAGACUAUAAGUAAACAGAUCACUGCAAAGAAGAUUCCCACUCAUAAGAACUGUGGAAGAUGGAAGAGGAUUGUUUUUUUAUUGCCUAGAUCACAAAAAGAACAUUUUCCUCCAGUAUUUUCCUUUUAAUGGUAAUAAAGUUGGAGUUGUCAGAGUGUAUUCACUUGUCACUUGGGUUGAUUUAAUCAAGUCAUAUGCAGUUCUUAGGUGCCUUUUCUCUCUCUCUCCCUUUUAUAUAAUACUUUUCUAUUUUUGUUAAGAGAUCUAUCAUAACAUUUUCUUUCUUGGUCAGUAAAACAGAACUAUUGCCAAAAACUGAUAAAUUUUUCAAAGUUGAAAGGUAUGGAAAUAGUUUAAUACUAAGUCCUAUAGAGUUCACAAUUGUGCUGAUGUCCCUAAACCAUGCUUCUAAAAAUCAUUGCUCUUAGAGAUGAGUUCUGAAUGUCCCAAAUGACCUAUUGUGACUAGUCAACAAGAACAAGUCAGUGAUACUGUCUUAUUUACCAGGAGAAGUGGAGUGGUCCUCGACUUUACUAAAUAAAACCGUCAAAGAAUCCUUUUCCUAUAGGUACAUCAUCUUAUUCAUCUGAUGGGAUGGUUAUUCUCAUUCCUGUUAAUGAUCACUAAUCAAGUAGUUUAAGCCCAACUCCAACCCAAGUUGGAGAUCUGCAAAAUUGGAGGUGCAUUGAUAUAGGUUUUAUUCCCCUGUGACAGAUCUGAGAUGAAUACAAAGCAAAGGGGUCUCAGGAGAGAGUAGGUUGUAACUAUCUGUUACUUUAUCUAUAAAAUGAGGGGGUUGGACUCCAGGCUCUUUGACUUUCCUUAUCCUAAUCCUUUGACAUUCACCUAAGGUGAUACUACCUCCUGACACUCACCUAUGGCAAGUACCCAAAUCCUGUAUGACAGAUUGCCUGGAUCACAGUAAAUAUGAGAAUGUGCCCACCAAAAGUACAUAGGUAUAUAUUUUAUGUCUUGAAAAAUAGCACCAGUCACUCUGUCCAUUUUACUUAACUCUAAAUGAAAUUGGCCUUUGGAAACUAAUUGAUUUUACCAAAUGGGAUGUAAUUUAAUGUAUUUAUUCAUGUUAUAAUUUUUUCCUGCUCAUUUCUGUCAUUAUAAAGUCAUUGCUUUCUGUUUCUUAACAUUCCAACUUUUCUAUCAAGUAAAAUUUUGAAUCUUCAAACUUGUGAGUUUUAAAAUAUUACAAAUAAAGGAGAGAUCCUUCCCCUGUUU